AUGGACUCUCCAUAUAUGCCAAUCCCCUUGGGAUCCGACAUUAUUCCUCCCGAAAGCCAGAGCGACCUGGGGGUACUCUGCUGGGAACAAGACCAGCUUCAACUGCCACUUGACAUAUCACCGUGCGAGCAAGCUGCUCUAUGCUUGACUGAUUGGGACACGGAUAACUCAGCAAUGUCCGAAUUCUUCACUGAAGAUGUCAUUCUCGGGGCUGGGCUAUCCGACUCGUUGCGGGAGGGCGCCCCUCUCGUGCAUCAGCUUGGCAACCCCAGCAGCGUCACCCAUGCUACCGGCUCCAGCCAGGCUUCUUCAAACGCCGCUACGGCCUUCCCCGCAGAUCGCGACGCGGCGGGAAAAAAGCACACUGUUCGUCCUGACAUCAAGCUUCGGUCCGCAUCGAGCAAGCCCAAGAAGCCUUCUCGCCGCGCGCCGCCCGGCCCCAAAAAAGAAGUGCGCGACCGAGAAUGCCACAACCUCGUGGAGAAGCAGUAUCGCACCCGACUAAAGGCUCAAUUCGAGGCCCUGCUCGCCGUGCUGCUGGCUGCACAGCCGCUCGGCCACCACGACGGCGGCGCCAGUGGGGCGGGCCUGGGACAGUAUCUCAGCAGGGGCCAGGUUCUAGACGCGGCGAAGAAACGCAUCUUGAGGUUAGAGAAGGAGCUGGAGCGGGUGGCGUCGGAGAGGGACAGAUUGCUGCGAGACUUGGCGUGCUUUGCGCCAGAGCGAGGGCUGAGCUGUUGA